AUGAACGACGUCACAUGCAGCUUGAACGAGGCGGAGGAGAACGGCGGGUGCUUCUACAGCGCGGGCAUCGGCAUUGUCAACGACGGGACGGUGAUGCUGGAUAACUUGGCGGACUCCGGAGGCUGCAUAUACGCGUCCGCGGACAGCAACGUCAACGUCAACGGCGGGGAGUUUAGGGGGUGCAGAUCGACCGGAAACGGCGGUUUCAUGUACGUCUCGGACGGUGGGACCGUGACCAUCACGGGAGGGUUGGUGGCAAACAACGUGGCCGAACGGAGAGCUGGCGUGGUGUAUAGCUCGGGGGAUAGCAACGACCUUGGAGGCGCUAGCGUAACGAUCGAGGGAGGCACGUUCAGCGACAACGAAGCGCAGGAGCUUGGCGGGGCGAUCGUGGCCUGGGGGGACACCAACGUGGUGACCGUGACAGGCGGGUAUUUCGUCAACAACACCGCCAAGUUCUACGGGGGCUUCAUCUUUCUGGAGGAAGAGGCUAGUCUUUCUUGCGAAGGAGCCACGAUCAGGGACCACUCUGCCGGGGACCAGGGAGGAGGCAUCUACGGCCGAGACGCCGCUUGGGUGAACUCCAGCUGUGACUUGAUCGGCAACGCAGCGCCGCAGGGGGCGGCGGUGUACCUGACCCACACCGUCAUGGCCGCCAACUUUGAUAACCACGAAGUCACCGACAACGUGGCGUCGGGGGGCAGCGUGUUCUACGCCACCGACACCGCCCUCUUCGCGACGGGGCUAAACUUCCAGUCCGGGGUGGGCCUGCAGGAGGACUCUUCGAACCGCGCGAUACAGCUGGAGGGCGAGACAACCCUUGUCGCGGAGGGGUGCGUCUUCGGCGGCUGGAUGGGCGACACCGUGAUCCGCAACGCCAACACCGCGCCGGGGUCCCUCACGCUGGACAGCUGCGACUUCAGCGAGAGCGCGGCAGUCAUGGUGGUCACCUCGCCCCAGUCCGACACCAUCAUCCGCAACGCCAUCGUCGACCACCUCACCAUCGAGAACGCCGCCCUGGUGAACGACUCCCUCGUGCUGGUCGACAACGCCUUCGACUGCGGGACCCCGGGCAUCUGCGCGGCCGGGGAGUGCGUCGACAGCGUCCUCGGCGUGCUCUGCGAGUGCCUCUCGGAGGGCUACUGCCUCGACGGCGGGGGCGCGCUCUCCGUCGACGUUCUCACCGCGCCGCCGAACGUUACGUACAGCCCGGACCCCGUGUACUUUGAACUCCUCGUGUCCGCGUCGGCGGACGGGGUUACGCCCGCCAUCUGGAACCUUUCGCACGAGGCCGAAGACCUCGGGCUGCAGGUCCUCCCGUCUAGCGGUAUCCUUCCUCCGGGGGAAAACGUAACGGUCGCCGUUACCGGUAGCCCCCUGCAGGACGACGUCGGGGGCGUGCUGGUCACCCGUUUCGUCGUCACCUCCGCGGGGAGCGGCACCGCGGAAUCAUCAUCAUCAUCGACGGGGGUGGAGUUGGAGGUGGAGUCGGCGUUCUACCUGUGUCAGGCCUUCGAGUACGCCAUGCCGGUGGACAGCGAAGACGACGACGACGACAACGACCCGGACGCGGCCAGCGUCGUGUGCCUGCAGUGCGCGAACUUGGACGGUGCGGAGGGGCUGGACUGCGAGUCCCCGGGGGCGACGCUGGCUUCGAUGCCCGUGCGGGAGGGGUACUGGCGGUCGAGCCAGGAGUCUCUGGUGGUCCACGGGUGCCUCCACUCCGACGCUUGCGCCGGUGCCACGCAGAUCUCGAGCUCGGACGACUACUGCAAGGAUUGCUACGAGGGGCCAUACUGUGCCGUCUGCGCGGAAGGUUGCUGCGAAGGCUCCUCCCACACCUGCCACCGGUGCUCGGGGAUAAAGUCCCGGCUGCUCAUGUUCGCGGGCAUCGUCUUCGGGGUGACCAUCGUGCUGUUCCUGGGCGUGGCGAUCGUGUUCCUCAUCGGGGGCCUGGACGCCGUCGACAGCGUGCGCUUGAGCAUGUCGAGGAAGCUCUCCAUCUCCGGGAAGCCCCGCGGCGGCAUCUCCCGCUCCCACCACGAGGGGACCAGCAGCAUCAGCAGCAAGAGGCCGUCCGGGCGGAGCAACUUCGGGGGGGACGACGACGACGACGAUAGCGGUGGUCGCGGUCGUUCCGCUGCCGUGGGCAACGCCGCCGUCGAUGAGGAGAAAACACGCACCGCCGCGGUGGCCGGGCUCGGGCCUGGAGACUACUCGCCGGAGCGGCGACUAUCGGCGGCGGCGACGGCGGCCGCCAUCGACAGAGCGCGGAUUCUCGAGGCCGGCGCACGGAUGUCGGACGCCGGAGGCGAGAGCGCGCGGACGGGGUGCUGCGGGCUCGGCGGGAGGAUCAAGCGCUGGGUGUCGCUGCUGCCGAUGGACAAGCUCAAGAUCCUGGUGGUGGUGUGGCAGAUCUUGACGGUUUUUCCCAGCAUCACCGGGGUGCAAUUCCCGCCUUCUUACUCGCGGUUUCUCUCGUGGAUCGACGUCGUGAACCUGGAUGUGGGACACGUGUUCACGGCGUCUUGUUUGCUCCCCUCGGUUAGCUUCUACCAGAGGCUGCUGCUGACGACGCUGACGCCGAUUGGACUGGGGUGUGUGCUGGUGCUGACGCACUGGAUGGCCAAGGAGAGGGCGGGGAUCGGGUCCGCCAGCGUUCUUGCGAGGAAGGCGGCGUGGUCGAGGCACAUGGCGGCCGGGUUGCUCCUCACAUUCUUGGUGUUCACAUCGGCCUCCACGAUGGCGUUCAAGACCUUCCCCUGCGACGAUGAAGCCGUGGAAGGAGAGAGCUACCUCAGGGCGGACUACAGCCUAUCGUGCAAGACGGACAAGCACAUGUACUACAGGAUCUACGCUGGGAUCAUGAUUGUGGUAUACCCCAUCGGCAUCCCCCUACUGUACGCGUUCAUCCUCUGGAUAAACCGAGAUUCCCUCAAUCCGAGGGUUAGAAGUGAAGCCAUCCCGCAGCCGACAGGAGCGGUGGAGAAGAAGGUUUCUCUUGUGCCGGCGAACUACGGAGACGGUCUGCAGGAGAGGCUGGAUCAGCGAAGGAGGAACCCGGACCUGGUGCCCUCCAUGUUCCUGUGGAAAGACUUCGGCCCCGACAUGUACUACUACGAGGUGAUCGAGUGCGGCCGGAGGAUCCUCCUUACGGGCGUGCUGAUUUUUUUCGCGGCCGGAACGGCCGCCCAGGCGGCCAUGGCCUGCAUCUUCGCCUUCGUUAGCCUGCUGGGCUUCGAGCUGUUGAGACCCCACCUCGACCCCGCGGACAUGUGGCUCUACCGCCUGGGCUGCGUGAUCAUCUUCCUGAGCAACUUCUUAGCGCUUUUGAUCAAGGUCGACGCCGCCGGGGAGGGCAACCGCGCCGCCCUCGGGGGCAUCCUGAUCGCCGUCAACGUCUUCCUCAUCCUGGCGGUACUGUCGACCUCCUGGUUCGCCACGCAGCAGAUGGUAGACGACAACCGCAACGAGGAGAACUCCCUCGCCCUUGCGAAGACCAUGCUGACGUUCGAGCAGCGCGUGGCAGACGACGCAAAGGUAGUCCGCGGGAAGAAGCAGAUUCCGGAGUCGCCGCUGUCUAGCGUCGGGGCGGUUUCGGGACGCGGCUCCGUCGGACCGAGGCCGUCUGCGGAGGACCAGCAGCAACGCGGCGUGCUGAGCUCCUUGCGCGGCGGGAGCGUGAGCGCCGCCACCGUGAACGCGCUGUGGGAGGCGGGGAAGACCGAGAGCUCUUCGAAAGGACAGGAAAGGCCCGUUUAGAGCCGACUUCCUGACCCUUGACAAGAAGUUGCACGUUUUGGGUCGUUUUACAUGAAUCAAGUUGGCUUUUGGGUUGUUCGUGGUUAGGUUGUUUAUAUGAUAUUCUGCUAUUUUUACUUGAGAUUGUUAGUAGUUUGCACGGUGUUCGUAGAAAAUGCUGCUUGGGACAGCGCAAGGCGCAGACGGCGACGGGCUGGCAACGCAAGGCGUUUCGGGGGGAGUUUUCAGCCCACCCAUCUAGAUCACACGAGUGUUUUUGUAUCAUUGUGUCUUUCCUCUGCCUGAUGUUUGUGUGGACCGUGUUGCUGCUUUUCAGGCUUCGCGUGGCGCUGGUCCUCCUGCAUGAAUGAGUCACUAACGACGUGCUUUGUAUUUUGGUGCAGUCUAUCUUUGUAUCGGCGUUGUCCCUAUGUAGGAGAUGCCGCGCCAUGAUGAUAUCUGGGGGUGACUGCACGGCAGCUAGUCCAGACAAAUUCGGUAUCUCGUGUCUGUUAGUUGUGGAUGGCCACCGCCAUGUGGCACGUUUGGGGGUGGGUGUGUGUGUUUGUGUGAAAUGGCCAUGUUGCAAGUGUGGGGGCGAGUGUGUGUGUGUGGAAAUGCUGAUGUGUGUGGUUGUUCCCGGAACGUUUGCGGUCUACAGUACGGCCGGAAACGAGCAGCACUGAUUGAAUCCAGUGUUGCGCCCAUAAUGUCCCUUCGAUGGCGUAUUUCCUUCGAUGAUAUGUGUGUUGUGCUGAUGUUGUGGUAGAAUCAAAUGGUGCGAGUGUGUUGUGCCGUGUCCAUGUGUGUCACAGUAGUUGGCGCUGAUUUGAGACCCACAAAAUUUAUGAUAGAUUUCUUGGU